CCAAUCAGCAGACGGCAAUCAUUCAUCACUUCCUGAAUCUCGUCGGCAUCUCUGAGAUACAGAGCCGGCGGCCGUGGGUAAUACGCGUUCGCCCAUCGUCUUCAACACAAGCUCAUUUUUUAGGGGCCCGUUCUCUUUCUUUGGGCUGUCUCCUUAUGUGUUUAUCUUCUUUAUCUCCUCAAUACACUUUGUGAACCCUUCAUCUAUCUUCCCUCUGAGUUCUUAAGCUGAGUACUUGAUAGAUCAGAUUUCAGAUUUUUUUCCUUGACUUGAAAGAAAAAGAAAAGAGAAGAUAUGGCUGGACAUAAUGGCUCGGGUUCAUCAGAGAAGAAAUCAAGAGAUUCCACAACUGAUAUACCAACAUUCAGCGCAGAGAAUUUGCAAAGUAACAUGAAAAUUAUAUACUACAGCCGAACAUUUUUGUCCAUCAUCGGUGGGGUUGUUGCUGGAAUUUUGGGGUUCACAGGCUUUGCUGGAUUUAUCCUUUAUUUUGUUGUAAUGGCAAUUACUUCAGUGGGACUUAUCGCCAAGGCAAAGUUCUCAGUAAAUUCUUACUUUGAUUCCUGGAACCGGCUCAUACUUGAUGGCUUUCUGGGUGGGCUAAUGUCAUUCGUGCUGUUUUGGACAUUUGCUUACGACAUUGUCCAUAUAUUCUGAGAAUACAUCGGCCAAAUCUUGCAUGGAAGGCGAGCCGUGCGCUGCUGCUGGAAUCUCAACAGGAACUGGAAUCUCAAUGCGAAAUUUGCUUCUUCUUUUUUAUUAUCCGUAGCAAUUCAUAGAACAAUUUUGGAUGAAUCUCUUUGAUCUUAUUAUACUUUACCUCUUGUGAGUAAUUGCUGGAGGAGAACUUAUUUCCUGAUUGCUAACAAUGUGAAUGAAGGGGAAAACUUCAAAUAUAACACUA